CCGCGUUUUAUUAUCACCAUGAUCUGAUCCGGAUCUUGGAUUUACAUGCAUUACAACAACAACACAAGAUCCUGCUUUGUGUUUGGAUCUCAAUUUGAGAUCCAAAAUUUAAUUCUUUUUUUCACAACAAGGAGCGCUCUAUCAUUGUGAUUUCACAUGUAAAUGUUGGUAUCAUUGCAAACAAAUUAAAUAAAACCUGUAUUGCCAUAUAAACAUUUCCAUUUGACUGAAAUAAAAUAUUUUUUUAAAUAGAAAGUGAGAAGCUUUAUAUUUAUUUAUUUGGCAUAUAAUCCAUGAAAUAAUUAGAUAUUUUAACAAAACUUGAUAUUAAUUGGUGAAAUUCAAAUAAUUAAGUCCAAAAAAAUGUAUAUUUGACAUAAUUUAUGGGCAUUCUUUUCCCAAAAAAAAAAGAACAAAAAAAAAUCAUUGAGCAAAAUGUUCUAUGGGCAACCCUGCUUUAAACGUCAAAAAAUAUAAACAAAAUCGAGAAAGCUGCAGCAGAAAUGGGAGAAAAUACAAAUAAAUCGUCAAAACGAAUCUGGACUACAGAUGAGACGAAAGCGUUCCUGGAUGCUUACGGGAAGAGGCGUUUUGAGUUUGAGAGUGCCAGACUCAAAAAGUUCGCAAUGAGAAAUGUCUUGGAAGAUCUUACUUCGUUUGGAGUUUUGACUCAAACGACAACCGAAGAGAUGCUGAAAACAAAAUUAAAAAACCUCUUGAGGGCCUACAAAUCCAGCAUAGACCACAACAAAAGAACUGGAGAAUCUUUUAUUAAAGCUCCUUUUGCAGAGCAGAUGGAAGAAAUUUUUGGUUCGAAGCCCAUAAUGAAAAACAGCCACACCAUAACUCUAUGGGAAGAGACAACCGAAGGGCUGUCAAUGGGAAGAAAUAGUUUUCCACGACCAGAAUCAAUCGCAACAACAUCAGCCGCGUUGACUUCAACUUCCAACUCCCAGUCUGCAAUACAAAACAUUAUUUGUCCACAAGCAGAAUCAAGCAUAUCAACAUCCAGCCCAGCAGCUUCUAACAAAAAAAACAGAUUGAGUGUAAAAGAAAAAUACUAUUUAAUGAAAGAGAAAAAGGCUGCCGAAAAAAAUGAAAUUUUAAGAACCUACACAGAAGAAAAAUUGAAAAAAGUAGAUGAGGCAGAACGAGCCAAGGAAUCUCGUUUUGAAAGAAAAGAAAAGUUGCUAAGGGAAUUAUUUAAUAAACCAUAAACUUUAUAUGCAUUUGCACUAUGCCAAAGUUUAUUAAAUAAUUCUCCAAGCAACUUUUCUUUUCUUUAAAUUCUUUAUCUAUGAAAUGUGAU